UUUUCUUGUAGUUGGCGCCAAAAGGAGGUGAAGAUGGGGCUGGGGAUUAUGGAUGCAGUAGUGGCCGAUCUUAAGGUCUUCGGGCUGGAUUUCGCGGAAGGGGAAGACCGGGACGCCAUUGCCGAGAAAUUGGAAGAAAUCUGCAUGACGGGAUGGGUAUCGGAGUUGGAAUUAGGAAACGAGCUGGUUGCUUUUGCUAUGCGCAAGGGAGUCCUUCUUUUGACUCUGGAGAACUUAUUGGCCUUCGAACACGAGAUGCUGAGCAAGAAGGCCACAAAAUCUUCCAGGAGAAAGGAAGAACGCUGGUCCGGCGUGGGGGACGUCAACGCCGUUCAAGAGUCUCUGGAUGUUGACGAGGAAGAAGAGGACUUGCUGGAGGCCUACACCUCGCCCUCAAAAUCUGCUCAGAAACGGCCCAUCACCACCCCGGAGAACCCCCGUUCCAAGCGGACCCUCUCCGGCCGCAGCCCCCAUCUGAACUUCUCUCCCAACAGCUUCUCACCCAGUGCAACCCCUUCUCAAAAAUACGCAUCCCGGAAGAACCGAGGCGAAGUCGUGGCCUCUUUUGGGUCGGCACCAGGUGGUGGACGUGCCAUUUCUGCCCCUUUGGUCCAGGUGUACAACGCCCCCCAUUCGCUCAGCAAACCGUACAAAUUCAUGUUCCAGGAUCUGAUGGAGAACCGUGAUGUGCUCUCCUACAAGAUUGAAGAACUGGGCGACGCCCUCAAGGCCCAUUAUAAAAUAGAUGAGUUCUCCUCCGUCAUGGUGCCUGCGCAGGAACCUGUGACCGUCUUGGGCCAGAUUGGGUGUGAUUCAAAUGGGAAGCUGAACCCCCAGUCCGUUAUCCUAGAAGGAGACCGCGAACAUUCGUCAGGGGCCUUCAUCCCGGUUGAUAUUUCUGAGAUCUUGGAUUAUUCGUUGUUCCCAGGACAGGUUGUGGUCAUGGAAGGAAUGAACAGCACCGGCAAGAAGCUGAUUGUAUCCAAACUUUACGAGGGGGUGCCUCUUCCUUUCCAGAAGCCAACAGAAGCAGCCACAGAUCCGGAACCUCGGCUGGUCUUGAUUGCCUGUGGACCCUACACCACUUCGGACAGCAUUGCUUACGAGCCCAUGGUGGACCUGAUUGAGAUAAUCAAUAAGGACAAGCCGGAUGUUUGCAUUUUGCUCGGCCCCUUCGUUGAUGCAAAGCACAAACAAGUCGAGGAAGGACAGCUGAUCAUGUUGUACGACGAGGUCUUCAAGAGGUGCUUGAAGACCAUCAUUGAAGGAACAAGGAGUGCCGGCUCCCACCUUGUGUUUGUGCCUUCCUUGAGAGACGUGCACCAUGUGUGUAUUUAUCCCCAACCACCUUUUGUCUACGAACUCGCCAGAGAGGACCGACAGAGAGUGCUCUUCGUCUCCGAUCCCUGCACCUUAGAGAUUGAUGGGGUGAUUUUCGGCUUAACCUCGGUGGAUUUGCUCUUACACAUGGGAGCGGAGGAAAUCAGCCGAUCUUCAAGUCUUCAGGACCGUUUUUUUCGAAUUCUCAAACACAUCCUGACCCAGCGGAGCUACUAUCCUCUCUACCCACCCCCCGAGGACAUGAGUGUGGAUUACGAGCGUUUCUACCCGCACGCCUGUCUGCCCGUCACGCCGGACCUCUUGAUCAUCCCGUCCGAACUGAAAUACUUCAUUAAGGACAUCUUGGGGUGCGUCUGCAUUAAUCCCAGCCGGCUGACGAAAGGACAAGUGGGGGGCAGCUACGCGCAGCUGUGGGUCCAGCCACAGGUCCACGGGAACCAGCGGAAAGGCCCGUGCAUCGCUGCGCAAGUGAUUAAGAUCUAACCAGGUUCCGCCAACACCUGAAGCUGAGCAAAAGACAUUUUUGCCAUCAAGAGGAUGAGACAUUUAGACUUUAGUUUCUUCAGCAAUGUGCAGAUCCCAAAGUCUGGGCGACCCAAACAUCUGGAUAGCAUCUCCUUAAGUUUCCUGAUGUUUGCUUUCUGGUUAUCUGUAGCUGGAUGAUAUCUCCAUCGUUCUUCUGGAUACAUUAUCCAGGCCUGUUUCUGAUAUCGACACACAUAAAUUUAUGAAUUUAUUGAUUUGGGUUACGUUCAAGUCCUGUUUCUCAGCCAGCCCUAUGAAAUCCAGAUUGCCGCACAAAUGAAUUGUUAGCAGAUGUGCGAUGGAUUGCUUUGAUUCUCCAAGGAAGAGAAUUCUGGGAGUUGAAGUCCACCCACCUUAAAGCAUGCUGGCUGGGGAAUUCUGGGCAUCGAAGUUCAUCCAUCUUAAAGGAUGCUGGCUGGAGGAUUCUGGGAGUUGCAUUCAGGGGCUUUUUAUAAAAAUGUGCAUUGCAGGCAAAGCUUUGCCUGGUUUCGAACUGGCCCAACUAUGCUGAUUUUCGCUCCUCUGACAUUUUAUAUUUUCAUUUUUUGGAGCACGGCCCAGUAAUCUUAAUAGGGAUCUAUCAGCCUAUCAGAGUGCUCCGAUCUUCACUGAGUGUUUUUAUUUUCGACAAGGAAAGAGUCCACAGGAUGAAAGUUUACCCGAAGCAAUUCGCGGGUUUGGAAACUUGGCGAGAAGUUUUAAUUUUAUUUUCUUCCCGUCGUGAAUAAAUUCGCUUCCUUU